AUGAAGCCCGCCGUCGUGAGGAAAGACGCCGGCGGCGGUGCCGCAUUCGGCAUCUCCUGCCUCGACAUCAAAUCCUUCAUUGCCUCGCUCGUGCUGCUCACCCUCAUCAUGGCGCUCUGGCAGCUCCACCCGUACCAGCCCAUCCUCGCCAUCACCCGCUCCUCCUCCUCAUCCUGCCCAAUCCUUCCUCCAACUACCACCACCGUCACAUUCACCCUCCCCACCACCGCCGCCGCCUCUGUACCCGCCUCCAACUCCACAGCCGACAGAGGCCCAUCAACAACCGCCGCCACAGCGACAAGGCCGCCAACCUCGCCGCCACCCCGUCUUCUAAAGGACCCCAACAAGCGGGAGCUGCGGCCGUACGGCAGCGCGGCGGCGCUGUUCGUCCAGAUGGGCGCCUACCGCGGCGGCCCCCGCACAUUCGCCAUCGUGGGGCUGGCGUCCAAGCCGGCGCACGUCUUCGGCACCCCCUACUUCAAGUGCGAGUGGCUCCCCAACCGGGACCCGGCCGGCGGCGCGCCGAGGCCCGUCCGGACCAAGGCGUACAAGAUGCUCCCCGACUGGGGCUACGGCCGCGUCUACAGCGUCGUCAUCGUCAACUGCACCUUCCCGUCCAACCCCAACGCCGGCAACCGCGGCGGGAAGCUCCUCGUCCACGCCUACUACUCCACCGCCUCCCGCCGCUACGAGCGCUUCCUCGCGCUCGAGGAGGCGCCGGGGUCCUACGACGAGGCCCGCUUCCGCCCGCCCUUCCCCUACCAGUACCUCUACUGCGGCUCCUCGCUCUACGGCAACAUCAGCGCGCCGCGCAUGCGCGAGUGGCUGGCCUACCACGCGCAUUUCUUCGGUCCAAGCUCGCAUUUUGUUCUCCAUGACGCCGGCGGCGUCAGCCCGGAGGUCAGGGCGGUGCUAGAUCCGUGGCUAAAGGCCGGCCGGGUCACUCUACAGGACAUCAGGGCGCAAGCAGAGUACGACGGCUACUACUACAACCAGUUCUUGGUCGUGAACGACUGCCUCCACCGGUACCGCCACGCCGCGAAUUGGACAUUCUUCUUCGAUGUCGACGAGUACAUCUACCUCCCCGACGGGCGGACGCUGGAGGAGGUGCUCGGCCAGCUCGAGCAGUACACGCAGUUCACCAUUGAGCAGAACCCAAUGUCCAGCAAGCUCUGCGUGGAGGAUCCAACCAAGGACUACUCGAGGCAAUGGGGAUUUGAAAAACUUGUUUUCCGUAAUUCAAUCACCGGAGUCAGACGGGAUCGCAAAUAUGCAAUUCAAGCUCGGAAUGCAUAUGCCACUGGCGUGCACAUGUCACAAAACGUCUAUGGGAGGACAACCCACAACACAGAAAGCUUGAUCAGAUACUACCAUUACCAUAAUUCUAUCAAUGUCAUGGAGGAGCCUUGCCGGGAGUUCGUGCCAAAACCCACCAAUGGCAGUACCGUAAUGUUCGAGGGGGUACCAUACCUCUACGAUGAUAACAUGAAGCGUUUGGCAGGUGAUAUCAAGCACUUUGAGGAGGUGACAGUUGGUGCGGUCUACUCAUAGCAUCUGAGAAAACACUUGUCGGGUACAUAUGCAGUGCUGUUCUUUGGGAUAUAUACCUUGGUCUCCAUCUGUGCCAUCUGUUCUGAGUUUCAGGCGGCAUCCCGAAUAAGCAGAGAGGAAGAAUCUUUAGCCCAAUGUUCAACUAUUGUAAAGUUUUAGUUCUCUUCAGCAUUCUCUGCCACAAUUUGAUGCAUUUUCCAUUAUUUCUUUGUUGUUUAGUGUCAUCUUCGAUUCAUUUUUUUAUAGAUUUGUGUAGCCUGACUGUUGGACUUCAUCAGAUUCUUCUCAUCCCCUGUA